UGGCAAUCCUCAGUCCUUUCUAAUCAUAUGGUGGCCGUACCCAGCGUGUGAAGUAAACCAGAGAACACCCAUGGCCCUUAUGUCAAGUUUUUCCUUCUGACUAGGCCGUAAAGCCGCAAAAAUUCCGUCGUUAAAAGAAAAAGAAGCUUGGUCUGAAGCUUCUGUGGAGGGCAGUAGUUCCCUUGUGUUCCACAUCGAGUGUCCGGAGGCCGUGUGCCGCGUCAAGCGUAAGUUCAACUUCAACGCAGAGCCACCGUGGGAUCCCAGCUAGUAUUUGCUAAGGGCAGACGUUUCUUGGCCAGACUGUUUGUACAACCCUGAUUUGUGUUAAAGUUUGUUUGUGCAAGACCUUCUGAGUGUUUGAUCAUGAAGACCAGUCCCCAGAACGAGAGUUGUGUCGAGACCCUGGCCGACGCGCCGAACGUGGCCGCUCUGGUGAAGGAAAAGAUUGAGGAACUGGAUGCCCAAGGUUGUGAUGAAGCGUUCUUCAUCGCUGAUCUGGGCGACGUUGUGGGCAAGUUUGUCAAGUGGAAGGAGCUGCUGCCUCGGGUGGAGCCUUUCUAUGCCGUGAAGUGCAAUCAAGAUGAGACUGUUGUGAAGCUGUUGGCCGAGCUUGGCAUGGGCUUUGACUGUGCUAGUAAGGCGGAGAUAUCCCAGGUGGUCAAGAUGGGUGUGUCUCCAUCCCGUAUUAUCUACGCCAACCCCUGCAAGCAGAAGUCCUUUCUCAAGUAUGCCCACAAGCAGUCGGUUGACCUCAUGACCUUCGACAAUGAGGCAGAGCUUAUCAAGAUCAAAGCUCUCUAUCCGAGUGCCAGACUGGUGCUGCGUUUGCUGCCCACGUCUCACUUCAAGGUGCAGUGCGAGCUGGGUAACAAGUUUGGCUGCCACCCGGACAACGUCGGCAAGUUACUGGCCCAGGCCCAGGAGCUGGACCUCAAUGUGAUGGGCAUCAGUUUCCAUGUGGGCAGUGGCGUAGAGGAGGCGGCAGCGUUUUCCUGUGCUGUGAAGCAAGCUUACGAGGCCUGGAAUAUGGCACAGGCGUAUGGCUUUGAGAUGACCCUUCUGGACAUCGGUGGAGGCUUCCCGGGACAAAAAUCGGCACCAAUUACUUUCGAGGAGAUUGCCAGUGUGCUGAACCAGGCACUGGAUAUGUACUUCCCGAAGGGGAGCGGUGUCCGCAUCAUCGCUGAGCCAGGCCGCUACUUCGUGGCCUCAGCAUUUACCCUGGCAGUCAACAUCAUUGCCAAGCGCACUGUGGCCAGAGACAUCUCGGACAAUGGCGGAGCAUCCGUGGAUGGUCACCACCAGCAGAAUGUGACGCGUAACGAUGAGCCCUCGCACAUGUACUACGUCAACGAUGGCGUCUACGGCUCCUUCAACUCGCUCAUGUACGACCAUGCCCAGGUGGAGGCUUCUGUCCUGGAAGACCCUGACGCACCCCAGUUCUCCUCCUCUGUGUGGGGCCCAACCUGUGACGGUCUGGACUGCAUCCUUGAAGACUGCCAUCUGCCGGAGAUGGAGGUUGGACAGUGGAUGUACUUCCGAGACAUGGGAGCCUACACCAUGUGUGCUGGCUCCACAUUCAACGGAAUGCCUAGGCCGGCCUGCUUCUACUUCUGCCGCUCCUCUGUCUGGCGUGAGGUGAACGGAGAGCCCGUGGCCAAGCGCCGCUGUGAGAGCCUGUCAGCUGACGGUCAGUUCCCUGCGGUGCUCAAGGCAGGCAUGGACUUCCAGUCCCUGCAUGAUGCUGUGUGCAGCAUCCCCGUGGCUCCCGAGGAGAAUAUGCUGGCUUAGAGUCUCCGUGGCGACUGCCAGUGUUGCUAUGUUGCUGCCCGUGUGUAAAGAGGGUGGAGUAGUCAGUUUAGCAUAGAACUUGCCAGUGUACCCGCUGCCUAGAGGAGACGAGGCCUUGUCCUUCUGGUCUUGUUGUUUACCUGGAGUUUUCUUUGUUCUUUUCAUUUUACUCUCUCUUAUGUCGCCCCUCCCUCCCCCCAGUCAUCCUGUGUGUACAGUGGUUGCAGUUUGCAUAAGUUUUGACCAGUUUUGGUUUGAGUUUGGUUUUCCCCGAUUUUGUUCCGUUCCAAGAGAGGAUUACUCUGUGCCAGAUUGUGUUCUUGGAGCAGAAAUGUAGUUUUGAGCGUAAUUAGGUUUGUAUCCGGCCGUUCAAAAGUGUUCAUGUUGUGGCCGCCCUACUAGGACCCCUCACCUAAAAACAGAAAGUUAUUACAACCUUAUGGUCAAAUUUAAAUUGUGUUGGUCGUAGCUUGACCCUUGUUUGGAAUGUGGAUUCUUAUGAUUACCGUACUGGUGAUAACAGUUUGGUUUGGCCUCUUGUCCAUUGAUCGAAUCCCUGUCAGUGACCUUGACAGCUCGAUGUAGAACCUGGCACAGACAUUUGAAAAAGCCCUGGAGUAUGGAGACCAAAUAGAGGCAAACGCUCAGAAGGCACUGCCAGCAUUCUAGUCUGAUCAUUAUUUAUUAAUCGGAUUGUUGUGAGUCGUGCAUGUAGCAGGUGGACUCACCAGCUCCCCACAUCAGUCACCAUCUACCUCACUCACCUUCUCGGUCUCUAAUUCUGCUUUGAUUUUAUUAAAUUUUAAGCCUUGAGGUCGGGUCGCUUCCUCUGCGCUGUAUUACAGGGACCAACUCUUUUCGCCAUAAAACAUCUCUUCCGCUGCAAAACCAUUUCCUGUGAGGGCUCCCUAGUUUUGUUGAUUCGAUGUCUCCUGUUUUCCAAAAAACCCCAAAGAUCGUGUUUAUGCAUUGUCCCUACAGCCAUGUCUUCACAGUUGUUGUCUCUGUGUUAAAGUCGGGGCUUCUCUAUCUUAUACAAAAGUCGUUUUCCAACAUUUUCAUAACAUUUGUAUCAAUGAAUGCCUACGUAAAAUUUCAGUAUAAAUUAAGGUAUCAAAUUUCGAUACAAGAAGUGGAAAAGUUUUUUAUUUUAAAAAGUAGAUGCUGGAAAGUUGACAAAAAUUUUGUUUUAGGAAAUUUGAGGAAUAGAGAGCUUUUGGCCCUUGAUGUUCUAAACAGUUCAUUUUCUACGUCUCUAUCACCUGCAUAACUUAUAUACUAUAUAUUUUUCUCAAAGCAUUUAUCGGAUCAGAAUGUUUUUUUUUUAUAUUCUAUGUUGUCUUGGGGUUGUACAAGCAGUCGGAAACGUCUGCUAGAAACCUUUGGCCUGGCUUGUUGUGAUGUCUGUCAUUUGUCAGUCCAAUAAAUUUUUGUGGGCACUA